AUGUUGUACCAUCCGAAUGGUAACCUGCAGGCGGAGAUCAAUUAUAAGAAUGGGGUGGAACACGGGCCGGCAAAGUAUUAUUACGCCGGCGGAUCGAUCCGGAGAAGCACCAACUUUAAAAAUGGCAGCCAGGAUGGACAGGGUAUCGACUAUUAUAAAAACGGCAUCGUAAAAUCGGAAGUUAAUUAUACAGACGGAACGCAGGACGGGCUUUACCGGUUCAAUUAUGCAAGUGGUAUCCUUAACUAUGAGGGCUGGAUGAAAGGCGGACAAAAGCAGGGCAUCUGGCGAUAUUAUAAUCCUGCCGGCAAGCUGACCACACAGCGGCAUUUUGUAAAUGAUAAGCUCAAUGGCCCGACCUAUGCAUUCCUGUCGAAUGGUAAGCCCAAUUACACGGAUGUUUAUGACCACGAUAUGCUGGUGGAAAUGUUGCAGUACGACAGUACCGGCAAGGAAACGGCACAUCAGUUUUUCCCGGGAGGAAACGGAUUGUAUGAGCUGAAAUACCCGAACGGCAAGCCCAGCUUCUCCUGCCGUUUAAAGAAUGGUGAGUAUGAUGGUGCCUUUACCAACUAUCUGCCCAAUGGUACCGUGAUACACAAAGGGUUUUUCAACUACGGCCUGCGCGACAGCAUUUAUGAAAGCUAUUCAAAGAGUGGUGUGCUGAUUGCAAGAGUGCCUUAUAAAAAUAAUAAUCAACAUGGCACCGCCAGUUAUUAUGACGAAGAGGGCAAUCUCUGGAAAGAAAUAAACUAUGUUGCCGGUGAGCGAAGUGGUACCGAGAAAGUCUGGGAAAAAGGGCUGCUGCGCUAUGAGCACCAGUUCCUGGAAGGCAACCGGGAUGGGGUGCAGAAAAUAUAUGGAGAGGCCGGUAAAACCGCCUGUGUGCUGUAUUAUACCAAUGAUAACCUGACCGGUUAUGCUUACGAAGGGAAGGAUGGGCAGCUCCUACCCGUUACCCCGGUAAAGAAUGGCACUUGCAAGAUCACGGCUUAUUACCCGAACGAAAAGAAAUCGGCAGAGUUGGAGUUUAAGGACGGUGUGUACAACGGGCGUCAGCUGAUAUAUUAUAGCAACGGGCAAAAAGCAGAAGAGCGUAACUUCGAUAAAAGCGAUCUGAACGGUCCGUUAAAGAAAUGGGCACCGGCAGGAACGCUUACGUAUGAGGCCGUUUACCGGAAUGAUGAAUACAACGGUACGGAAACGGAAUAUGAUAGCAAAGGUGCUGCGCUUUCGGUUAUAGAUCACCUGGAAGGCGGCAUACCGCACGGAACGGCUAUCUAUACGCAUCCGAAGACACGUAAAAAACUAACAGUUUACUACUACUAUGGGCAGAUCAUCGAUGCCCGGUAA